GAGCUGGGCCCAGCCAGCAGCGGUAACAGUCCUGGCCCACCCCACUGGGAAUCCAGGAUGGCGAACUCGGCCAGGGCCCUGCCCCCACUACUGCUGGGAUUACUGCUCAUGUCCGCCCCAGGGGCCCUGGGGGCCAACGCUGGCCUGGUCGCCAGGAUCACUGACAAGGGCUUGGAGUAUGUGGCCAGGGAGGGGCUGGUGGCUCUGCAGAGUGAGCUGCACAAAAUCAUGCUGCCUGACUUCACCGGGGACUUCAAGAUCAAGCACGCUGGCCAUGGGCAGUAUGAGUUCCACAGCCUGGACAUCCGCAGCUGUGAGCUGCUCAGCUCCACUCUGAAGCCCCUUCCCGGCCAGGGCCUGACGUUCACCAUCUCUGACUCCUUCAUCAGGGUCCAGGGCAAGUGGAAAGUGCGCAAGAGGUUCCUGAAACUACAGGGCUCAUUUGACCUUCAGGUCAAGGGCAUCACCCUUUCGGUCAACCUUCUCUUGGGCAGCCAGCCCCCUGGGAGGCCCACAGUCACUGCCUCCAGCUGCAGCAGCUAUAUCCGCGAUGUGGAGGCAGACAUGUCGGGAAAUUUGGGGUGGUUGCUGAAUCUCUUCCACAGUCAGAUUGAGUCCAGGUUCCGAAGAGUGUUGGAGAGCAAGAUUUGUGAAAUGGUCCAGAAACUGGUUAACUCUGACCUACAGCUUUAUCUCCAAACUGUGCCAGUGACAACAGAAAUGGACCAUUUUGCCAGCAUUGAUUACAGCUUAAUGGAGGCCCCACGGGCAACAGCCCAAAUGCUGGACGUGAUGUUUAAGGGUGAAUUUUUUAACCAUCACCACCGUUCCCCAGCUGCCUUUGUUGCUCCUGUCAUGAACCUUCCUGAGGAACACAGUCAAAUGGUCUACUUUGCCAUCUCUGACUAUGUCUUCAACACAGCCAGCCUGGUUUACCACGAGGCAGGGUAUCUGAACUUCUCCGUCACAGAUGACACGAUUCCACCAAACUCUAACAUCCGACUGACCACCAAGUCCUUCCGUACCUUCGUCCCCCGGUUAGCCCGACUCUACCCCAACAUGAACUUGGAGCUCCAGGGAGCGGUGGUCUCUGCUCCCUUACUGCACCUCAGCCCUGGGAAUCUGUCCUUGGCCCCCCAGAUGGAGAUUGAGGGCUUUGUGCUCCUGCCCAGCUCUGUCAGGGCACCUAUCUUCCGGCUUGGUGUGGCCACAAAUGUGUCCGCCAUGUUGACCUUCAAUACCAGCAAGAUCACUGGGUUCCUGAAGCCAGAAAAGGUGCAAGUGGAACUGAAAGAAUCUAAAGUUGGAGCAUUCAAUGUGGCGCUGUUGGAGGCACUGCUCAACUUCUACAUUCUCAACAACCUGUAUCCCAACGUCAAUGAUAACUUGGCAAAAGGCAUCCCUCUCCCUCUGCUAAAGCAUAUUCAGCUCUGUGAUCCUGUUCUCCAGAUCCACAAGGACUUCCUGUUCCUGGGCUCCAACGUCCAGUACAAGAGAGUUUGAGCGCAAGGAAAAAGGUGGGGCUUGGAGGCCACAGCUGGUUCAGCAAGUUACGAUUCCAGAUGCACAACACAUUCCUGGAGAUUCUGGGAGGAUGAAGUCUCUCCUAGUCUCAGCUUGGAAAGAAGGUCUGCUGGCCUCUGCCCCCACAUUCCUCUUCAACAAGGGCACCACACCCUCUAACUCUGGACUUUGCACUUUUCCAGGAUGGACCAUCCUCCACACUAGCUUGUACUAUCUUUAUUUAAGGGAAGGCAAUCUUGUUAUUCACCAUCCGAUCUCCACGCCUAACAGAGUGCUGGCACUUAGCAGGGACUCAAUAAGUAUUUACUGGAUGGUUCAAUGAAGGGGCCACCUGGAACUCUAGGUAAACCUCCCUGCUGCCCACCCUCUUUUGCCUUCGGAUGGUCAGUCCCAUCUGAGGGCUGCAAAGCACAACCCUAACCACCAGUCCCUUCUCAUCGGCCGCUGCUUUGGGAACCUCGUGGCAGAACAAGGGUUUCUGCUCCCCCCUCCGCCCUGGCCAAUGCCCACUCUGUGGUUCUUGCCCACCCCAGGGCAUGGGCAGUUCCUGGGCUCAUUUCCGUAUGUGCCCCUCCCUCAGCUCUUCCCUGCUGCAGAUCUGGGAGCCAGUGGGUCUCCCAGAGCAAAGGCUCAGCCUCCUGCUGCUUUUUCCCCUUGGAAAUGGGUGUAAAUUAGGAGAAAUUGGUUCCUGCUAGGUUUUGGGUCUGACCCAAAUAAAAAGCUCCUCCAAUUGUUGUUUAUGAGCCCCAAGCCUGAGGGAAGAGGCCAUGAUUUCUAAUUACUGAACAACCAGCCUUUGAUCAGACUUACUGAAGAGUCAUUUCCAAGUUAUGUAGUUGGGCCCCUGGGCACUGGGAAUCAGAAAGCUCAUUUGAUUUUUUUUUUUAUUUGAGUUAGUGAGCAGAUGGAUGGAGCUGCCGGCUGGCAGAUAAUUCACAGGGAAUAGACCCAUUUCCCCUGUGUGUGACAGAGCACAGAGGUGCCAUCCAAGAUGGGACAAUGCUCUGUCACCCAGCUGGUGGCAGGGUAUGCCGUGGCUUCCCUUCUUCCCUCCUCUUUCCUUUUGUUCACUUGUCCACCACCAUCCUCCUCCCUGUGGGAGACUGGGGGAGGGUCACGCAGUACUAGCCCUGCAGCCUUGGACGGGUCCUUUCCCCCUGGGGACCCUCAUCUAUAAAAUAAGGGUGAUAAUAGUAGUAGCCACUUCAAAGGGCUGUUAUAAUGAGGCUGAAUAAUCCGUGUAAAUGAUUUAUUUAGCCCUAGUGUGGAUUUGAUAGUUAUUGGCUGGACAUGCAUCUCCUAUCUGCAGGUGCUGGGCUGCUGGGCGUUGGGGAAGUAGAGGCAGUGCAGACCCAGUUCCCAUCCCUGCCUUUAGGAACAUUGCCUCAGGACUGGGGGAAAGAGCUGGCCUUCAUUCCAGCUUACUUGCUUUGGGCCCCUGGGCCCCUGUGGGCUCUUGAUGGUUCUUUGACAGUCCAGAGUUCUGAUCAUUUAAAUCAGAAUGCUGUGUCCCGAGCCUGGUCCUCAAAAAUAUGCAGAGGAGAACUCCAUGUCUCCGUGCCCUCAUCUAUCAAAUGUGGCUCCUUAUGGGUGACUAGGGAUUUGAUGGCUUCAUGUCAAGCUACUGGGGGGGCCUGGGGCAUAACCAGGUCCUGAUAAAUGGCUGCUGUGAUGAGCACCUGUCUUGCUUUGGGCUCCCCAGAAGCAGACCCUGAGACAACGAGGUGAGCAUUAGCGGCUUCUGUGGAGGAAGAGCCCAGGACAUACUGUGGAGGACAGAAAAUGCAGUGGGGAGGGGAAGGCAGCCUAUAAAGGCGCAGCUAGCACAGUAGGUAGCUGGAGCUUAAUCCCACUGGGGAGGUGGGCUGUGAGCCAGUGUACACCCCUCCUCAGAGCACCCACCCAAGGGCCAAGGAGGCAGGGUACUUGUACACCGUCCUCUAUCAGUCGCUGGUUGCGGGGAGCUCCUGGGAGCCAUCGGCCCUCUGGUUCCCCUAGUCUGAGCAGAGCGGGCUCUAGCGGCCACAGGAACCACAAGUGCCAGCAGGUAGGAAUCAGGUUUGCGUGCACUGCUGUGGGGAGACGAGCCGGGCACUGACAAGGCCUCCACACGGCCCCGCAGUGCGGUAGGAGCCACCAGCUCAGUAUCCUGGACAAACUGUAAAAUAGUUUGUCAUGUUGCCUGGGAAAGUUGUAGGUUGUUCUGCUCUGCAUAUUUUUAAGGACCAGAUGUGGGCCACAACAUUCUGAUUUAAAUGGUCAGAACUCUGGGCUGUCAAAGAACCCCCAAGAGCCCACAGGCUCAUUGCACCACAGACCUCAUCCUGACACCAAACUAAGACACUGCCCCAGACACCCCCCCGUGGACUAUAGCCUGUUUCUCCUGCUCUGCUUUUAACUGACUUCCCGAUGACCCCUCCUUACGGCUGCACAGAAUUCCAUACUUGUGUAUGUAUGAGACAGCUUCCCCUUUCUUAAAGAUGCAUAGGAUUUUCUGGUGGGGAUAUACCACAAUUUAUUUAACCAAUCCCCCACUGAUGGUUUCUUAGGUUGUUUCCAGUACUUCACUUUUAUAUACUGAUGGACCUAAGCCCAGCAUUUUAACCAAAAACUUAGAUGUGUGCUUUCUGAGGCUGGUAGGCGAUUACAAAGGCUUCCCCUGACAGGCCUCCUGGAGGAGGGGGCUGCCCCCCUCCACACCAGGCUUGGUGCCCAGCCCACGCACUGCAGGCUCCAGGGGUGGAAGUCAAGGCUCAGGCCCCUAGGCUGGUCUUGCUUUACCCAUUCCUAGCCCUGGGGCCUUCGUUCCCAAAUCUCUAUCUGAGAGGCCUUCAUCAGAGAUCAUCUUCAGUACCUCUGCCAAGGACUCUUUUAUCAGGGAGAAAAACUUUUGCCCACCAGGAAUAAGUAAGUAGUCAUUACUUUCUACUCCCAGCCCUGCGUCCAUUUCCCCCCAACACCUCAUUCCCAGGGUCUGUAAAACUGCCAGAGCCUUCUGUUUGGUGCUCCUCACCAGUGAGAUGGCCCCCACAUUUGCACCAACUCCCCCGCACUCCACUUUCUCUGGUUCAAGCCCUUGUUUAUAGGAUUUGGAGUGACUAAAGGCUUCCCAGUCACCAGCAUUUUGGCUUGUUGCCGCUUUAAUCAAGUACUCUGACACCUGGCAGCUCAGCUCUCUCCAGCUCAGCCAAAUGGUCGAUGCUAAAUAGUGCUUCAGUGAAUGCCUUCAUCUGUACAUCAUUGCUUAGUCAUGCUGUACAUGUAUGUGUGUAGGUACAUCCAUUAAAUAAAUGCCCAGAAAUGGGAUCCAGUAACUUAAA